UAACGGGAAGGAUUCGGGGAUUUCCCCUCCGUUUGCAGUGGGGAGGCUUCUCUCCUCUACUGCCUAAGUUUUGUGCUGCGUGUGCGUAAAGUGGGAGAAAAAAGGCGGACGCCGCCCUGGUUGCCUCCUUCCAAAUACUUCCGAGCUUGAGAGGAAGCGUGUGCUUGGCGCGCAGAGAGCAGCUCUGACUCUCUUGCGAUCUUGUUGCUCACUGGCUGGGCUGGCUAAUUGGAUUCUUCUUCAGACUCACCCUGCUAAGGCCCCGAAGGUGCCGCCCCGCAGCAGUGCAGGUGGAAGGAGAGAAUGAAAACUCUUUGCAGAGGUUUAGCAAGGAUUUUCAGCUCCAUUCUUUGAAUCAUGUUCUGAUGGACCAGGCCAAGAACGUUCAGCUUCUGUGUUUAAGAAAGGCAGGAACUUUAAUUGAUAAGAGCUCAUUAGAUGAAACUACAUAUGAAAAACUUGCUGAAGAAACAUUGGAAUCAUUAACAGAUUUCUUUGAGGAUCUGGCAGACAAUAAUUUUACUCCUGAAGAUUAUGAUGUCUCCUAUGGGACUGGAGUGUUAACAGUUAAAUUGGGUGGAAGCAUGGGAACUUACGUGAUCAACAAACAGACACCAAACAAACAGAUAUGGCUCUCCUCUCCAACCAGUGGCCCCAAGCGUUAUGACUGGACUGGGAAAAAAUGGGUAUAUUCUCAUGAUGGAAUAUCUCUUCAUGAAUUAUUAGCCCUGGAACUUUCAGCAGCAUUAGAAACUAAAUUGGACUUAUCAACUUUAGAACAUGCUGGAAGAGAACAUACUUGAUGACACCUGUCUGUUAAAUAAUUCAAAGACUUUUAACUUAGACCCAUCGUCUUUCCCCCCUCCAAUUUUUAUGGGUUAAUCUUAAAUUAAAUGUGCCACAAUUUUUGUUAUUUGAAGUCAUCUUUAUUUGGCAGCAGUGUUAAAAUAAAACACUAUAGCUUUAAGUUUGUGGGCAUCCCGCCCGCUCACACACACACACACACCCUUGUUAAGGAUGACAUGGAAGACUAAUAUUGUAUUAUGCUAUUCUUUGGUUGCAUUGUGGGAGAGCUUUCCGGAGACAGUAUGCACUACUUGUAUUUAUGCCUGAUUGUGGAAAUUUAGCCCAGUUUUCUGUUAAGUCGGGCUCUAUUUAAGUGCUACUUAAACCAAAUGGAGGUCAUUAAAACUGUUUCUGCAAGGUAGCACUUGACUCACUGAGGUGUGAUAGUUGCAUUAGACUUACCAUGUGAAUUAGUGCAAUUGAAUAAAUACAGUACUAGCUUUGCAGCCCUUUGGUGUUUGUUUCCACUGUUGCAGUAGCUACUUCCUGCAUGAUUGGCCGAUGCAAGCUGUAAGCCCAGUAUAUCACAUUCAGUCCUACCUCCAUGAAGUGUUGCCACGUACAGGGAUUUCAAUGGCCUGUGUUCAGGUCCUCAACUCUGCUAAAGUUAAUUUGGUUAAUAGGGAUAUCAUUCUGUUUGAAUAAAAACUGACUGGACCAUAAUACUUAACUCUUUUGCAUACAGCAAUGGGAAAAGCUUGUUUAAAUUGUUGGAUCAAUGCCAAACUGCAAUAAAAUAGGAUUAAUAUUGAUAAUCCAAAAUGUUUCUCAAUUCAAUUUUUAGGAUGUGUCAAGAUAUCUUUUUGUUGACUAGAUAACACAGCAAAUAGCUCAGACAGUGUCCUUAAAAUGAUUUUCCACUCAGGAAUCUCACACAGAAUAAUUGUGUUGCUUCUUACUCUGUGUCUAGCUGCUGCUAAGAAUGAGUAUAGGCUGAACUUGAGCAAAGCUGAAAUAAUGAUGCUCAGCAGACCCUGUGCAUGGGUUGAAGGUGCCUGCCCUGACUUCUGUCUGGCUUUCCCUAAUUAGACUUGGAGCCUUGGAGUGCUUCUAUAUCCAUAACACUGCUAAGGUUUUCCAAGGUAUGGCACAGUUAGGAAGAAGCAAUACUUCUAUCUGUGAAACAAAAUUACUUUUAUUAAAUUCAGGUCUACUGUAAUUCCAUUCUUUUAUAGUCUUAUGACAAAAUGUUCAUAAUGGUCGCUGUAUGGGACAACGGUACUAUAACUAGAACACAGUAUUGUAGCCUACUUACAGACAAAUGAGUUCCCCAGAAUACAUCUAUUCCCAUUGCUAUUUCUACAAUCUUGUGAGAGAACUUCUUCAUAGCGCCAUCAAACAAUGAGGAUACGUUAGGCCUGUUCAUAGCUGCUAUUUCCCAAGUUUAGAAUUCCUCACCAGCUCAAGAGACAGUUUAAUGAAGGCAGGAGGAAGGUAAGAAUAUAUAAAUACCAGAAAGCAAGCCAUGAAUCUUGUGGGUGCAAAACGGCUGCUGUACCGCUUUGGUCUUUGGGCCCCUCCCUUUUUGUAAGUUGAUAGUUUGUUAAACCCACAGAGGGGUGGGAUGAAGAAUAAAGAGGAACAAACCAGAUUCUGUUCUCAAAAGAGAUAAUACACAAAUUGCUAGAAAGGACCUGAGAGGGUUACUAUAGCUCUGUGCUAUAGUAUCUUACAAUACACAAUCCCCGAGUCACUAGUUUUGGGUCAAAUGCGUGCCUUCUGGAGCAAAAUCACUAUCAUAGAGUACCAACUUUAAAAAUCUAUAUAUACCUUAAACUUCGGUCCAAGCAGAAUCUUUCUAACUGCUGUGUUUAAUUCCAAAGUUCAACCACCUUGUAAAUAUCUUUUGUGAGAAUUUGACCAAAUAUAUUCUGUUAAAUGUUAACCAUUACUGUGAAUCUCAGCUCUAGCAAAAUGGUCAAGAAGACUUAUUAUUUGUCAUCUCAAGAAUAGGCUCAUUCAAGUAGAACUGGAAUUAUGACUACAAAGAAAGUAGGAGGAUUUGCAUUAUCAGUGUCUGUCCCAAUGUCUGUUUUGUCCCAAUAAAUAUAAUUUGCUGUUCUCCUGA